AUGGAGGAAAGCCGCGGGAAGAAGCGCCCGGCCCAAGGUGAUCCCGAUGCGCAACCGUUAACAAAGAGGUUCGGAUGCUUGCGAAUAGAUAGUUUGCCAAUCUCCGCUCGGGCCAAAGGGGAAGAGAGGGAAGAUAUGAUGCUGUUGGAUGACACUCAACAUACAACCUACAUACACAACUUGGACCAAGAACUUGAAGGUGAUACUCCCGAUGGGCUUAUAUUCUCGCCCCUUGCUACAAAGUUGCUCUCGGUGCCGACCUCGGUUUUGUCCUCCCAACCAUCGGGAAAAGAAUUGGUUCUCUACACCGAACCAGCUUCCCUUACAGUCCCCAAGGACAAAGACAAUAUACGCAAAGCGAUACUGGAAUCCCGGGCACGAGCCAGAGCAGAGAGCCAGAGCCAGAGUCAUACGAGUCCAAAUGCGAAAGACGAAGACGUGGACGAGAUAUGCGAUCCUAUGGAGAUUGAUGAAACUUAG